UGAACAAUAAGAAGUUGAAUGUGUUUAAAGCUGAUCAUAAAUAUGGAUUAAAAACUGUGCAGCUGAUAUUGUUAUAAAGAAGUCGAUUCAACGUUAACUAAUAUUACAAGCACUAUAUGAUUUAGCACAAACAUAUGCAUUUGAAGUGAAAUUUAUGCCAAAAAUGAGUCUGAUCCAGUUGAGCCUUUCGUUUGCUUUGGCCAAUUGCAACUGAACUUUAAGAAUGGAAUUUUCAUUUUGUUUUUAUUAUGAUGACAGUCAAAGGAAAAUCCUCAACCAUAUCCAAGGAUCUGUGUUCACUUCAGGCAGGCAGUCAGUCAGUCAGUCGGUCCGUCAGUCCGUCAGUCAGUCAAUAUGCCAGAGUCCUGUCAUAUUGUUUGCCUUUGAGCCGCAUUCCAAAUGAAUAAUUGAAACAAUUGCAGGCAACUUCUGAAGCGCAUGUACAUCACAAUGUGUCCGCCUCUUCUCGAAGCCAACAAAUGUGCCCACAUCCCGCGCCUCACGCCUCAGCACAGCCAUCAAGCAAGGACAUUUGGCUAAAUUUGAGUAAGCCCAAUUUCCUUUAAAGAAACGCAACAUUUAGAAGAUGAAGAAAUGCAGACAAGCUUGUCUACAGGAAAAAACUAUGGAUGAGAAAAUGUUAGGUGCUUGUUUCAGUACUCAAAUGCAGGUGCUGCUGACCCAAAGCAGGUGUCUAUAAUUACUUAAUUCGGUAACCGACCCAACUGUCUGGCUUCCCUCAUGAUAAUUUCAUAUAUGCCGUCUAGUGCAGCGGUGCCAUCAAGUAUAAAAGCGAUGUCAGGUGUGGACAUCUUAAACACUUUGACCGGCAACUGGUAUCGGACGACAUGUUCAGGCGCAAGAAGCAGCAACGCGAUUUGUACACCUUUGAGGAUCUGACACGAUUCCCGAUGGUCUUUUACAAGACAAUCGGCGAAGAUCUGUACUCGGAGCGGGACAAAAAUCUGGUGCGCCGCUAUUUGCUGCGCUUGUAUCUGGUGUUGGGCUUUCUCAACUUCAAUGCCUAUGUUGUAGGCGAGAUCGCCUACUUUAUAGUGCAUAUAACAUCAACAACGACCCUGCUGGAGGCGACCGCUGUGGCGCCCUGCAUUGGCUUCAGUUUCAUGGCCGAUUUCAAGCAGUUUGGUUUGACGGUGAAUCGCAAAACGUUGGUCAAACUUCUGGACGAUCUGAGUGACAUUUUUCCGCUAACCAAGGAGAAACAACAAGCAUAUCAUGUGGCCUACUAUGAUAAGCACAUGAAUCGCGUCAUGUGGGUGUUCACCAUACUCUGCAUGACAUACACAUCGUCAUUCAGUUUCUAUCCGGCCAUCAAGUCGACAAUUAAGUAUUACUUUAUGGGCUCCGAGAUAUUUGAGCGUAAUUACGGCUUUCACAUACUCUUUCCCUACGAUGCGGAAACGGAUAUAACCGUCUAUUGGUUCUCCUAUUGGGGACUCGCCCAUUGCGCCUAUGUUGCCGGCGUAUCCUAUGUGUGUGUGGAUCUAUUGCUCAUCACCACCAUCACCCAGCUGACCAUGCAUUUCAAUUAUAUGGCCGAUAUGCUUCAGGAAUACGAUGGUGAUGCGCACACCGAAGAUGAGAAUCUUAAAUUUGCCCAGGAUCUAGUGGUUUAUCAUUCACGUGCAUUGGACCUCAGCGAAGAGGUAAACAACAUCUUCAGCUUUACAAUUCUGUGGAAUUUCAUAGCCGCCUCUUUGGUCAUUUGCUUUGCCGGCUUUCAAAUUACCGCCUCCAAUGUGGAAGAUAUUGUGCUCUAUUUCAUAUUCUUCUCGGCAUCGCUGGUGCAGGUGUUUGUUGUGUGCUAUUAUGGCGAUGAGAUGAUCUCAUCGAGCUCUCGUAUUGGCGACUCGGCAUUCAACCACAACUGGCUGCCCUGCGGCUCGAAGUACAAGCAGAUCAUGCGUUAUAUUAUAAUGCGUAGCCAGAAGCCCGCCUCUAUACGGCCGCCCACAUUUCCGCCCAUCUCGUUUAACACAUUCAUGAAGGUAAUCAGCAUGUCGUAUCAGUUUUUUGCCCUCCUGCGAACCACAUACUAUGGCUGAGCCUUAUUACUCUACUAACCACACUUUAAAUACUUUAUGUAGAUUGCAUGUUAAUAAAUUAAACAGCAUUAGCACACUAAUUACCAAUUAAAA